AUGGGAACACUUGAAGUCAUUCCUGAAGGUAAAGUUGCAUGGUUCACUCUAUAAAGCAUGUUUCGUUUUUCACACCGCACUUAGUAAUUAAAUUUUAACGACAACGAACAUACUUAGCAGCAAAUAGGCUUUAUAUUAAAUUCAGGCAAUAAAGUUUCCGGCCUACACGAUGAAUCAAGAAUAAUAAGCAGAAAAAUUUAAGACCGGCCAUCUCUUUAACUAAUCAUCAAUCAACGCAACGAGGGCGAUUUCUAAAGGUUCGUGAUGCAUGAUCAGUCAGAUCAGCAAAAAGUUGAUUGAGUGAAAAAACUGAGUAACGAUAGAACAAGGGGUCUUUUUCCAAAAGCUUCAAAAAGCCUAAAACUUGUACACUUCAAGUCGGUGUAUUACUGAGUAUUAAAUCUGAUGAUAGCUCUUGUCGUCAAAGUGACAGUUGUUAGGGACCAAAUCGAGACCAAAAGUGCAGGCAACAUUCAGCUAGAGUGCUAUAAGAACCGUUACACUCCAAGCAAAUGGGACAGCACUGAUCGGUGUCCAUAUCAUAGUGCUUGUCAUGUUGUAUUCUAGGGGGAGGGAAGCCGGUUUUUGCGACCAAGGACUAACCACAAGAGGGUAAUGAACUGUCCGUUCUUGCCGUUCAAAUUUUCAAAAGUUCUACAAAACUGACACAUGUUUGAGACUUAUUAUUGGCAACACUCGGAUGUAGCUCAAGCGUCUUGGUCCGGUCUUGAUUCAGCGUAUAGCCGACUCUUCUCCCGCUUCAACUGCUUGGAAAAAUUUAGCAUCAUAAAGAAGAGAGCUUCAUUUUUUCCCACUAUAGACAUGAACCAUUAUUGAUUUUUUCUAUUGAUCGGCAAAAAUUGUAAAACGAGUGAAACACUUUGUAAAGAAAUUCAAGUGCAAAGAGUUCGUGACAGCGACUGACAAAGCUAUAACAUUAAAAUCAAAAUGAAAACCAUGACUUAAAUAUACAAACAUGUCUGAUGGUGACUGAUUUAUCAGAUUUAUGAGCCAAAAAUUCAUAAAAUGUCGCCGUUAUUCAACAAGCAGUGACUUUGGCCAAAAAAAAUGAAACUAUUGAUAAUGGUGACUGGAAGCACGUUAUAUUUGCUUCAAAGAAAACUGAUUUAUAAAUUCAUUAAAACAACUUGUUUCUUUUUAAUAUUUUAAAUGUUAGCCGGUUAUGUUGGUUGCUAAUCACGAAUGUCAGUUUUGAUGGAAACGAAGAUGUCAUGGGGCUACAAGAGGUUUUUACAGCUUUUGCAUUUUUGAAACCAGAGAACCACUAGAUAUGACAUUGCCCUGAAAAAGCGCGCAGUUUUAUUUUUUAACAUGCGAGUACAUAGAUCGGUAUUUUCGUGAAUCGCUAUGGAGAGACAAACUGAAAGCGCCGAUCAUGACACGUCAGCUUAGAGGCUCACAUAAAUCGGCCUCUCUUUGAGGAUUUAUCAAGCUCGGGAUUCGGGAUUUGAAAGCAAAAUCAGGGCGAGAUUCGGGAUUGAAAGUAUGUGCUGGAGGCUGGAUGCCAAAAAUAACCCUCGGAAUUACGGGAUAGUACGAAAUUUUGGGUCAGGAUUACGGGAGUGAAGAAUACUAUUGGGGACCCUCGUCUUUGUUUCGGAGAACUAGAACUCACUUUUCUGUCGCAAAGGAGACUUGCCUCCCAAGCAAACGUUCUUUUGGCUCGUGCCCGUGUGACGAUCCCAUACUACGUCUGCGUAGGGAGGCUACAAUGAGACGAAAUCGAAACAGUCGUUAUUUCGUAUAUCUGAAAACUUUAGGCACGGAAAAACUUGUAUGGCUCCAGAUUAAGACCCUCUACCUAGCGCUCGACACGUUAUCUCGUUUCCUUUUGUGGAUCUGCGAUACAUUUUCAUUUUCUUUUUGAGAUCAAGAGAUCCAGUUACAUGUAACUUUAUACCCGGCCGGAGAUGCCAUAUCAUCAGCAAGCGUUGCUAGGUUACCAAGCAGAUAACAGUUGCUCUUCGAACAAAAGAGCAGUUGAUGAAAACUUUUCGUUGUAUUGAUCAAUAAUAGCUUAAUCCAAAAUAAUGUGAGUUGAUUACCACUUCUUGUUACUCUAGAGAUCUUCUCAAAACCAAGAAUGCGUCAGCCAGAACGAGGUUCCAGCCUUUACCAGCUGAGCAUUAGCAGAGCCCCGAAACUUCGGUGCGUCAACAGUCCGGUAAAAUCUUGUGGAAUCUGCGAGGAUUGUUGUCUAGGCGCGAAAUUGAAGCAUACAAAGGAAUGGUUUUGCCGUUGCGGGGAACCAGUUAAGAGGAGAUACAUCCUUGGUCUUGUUGAACGAUUUGAUUCCAUGGAUCUGCUUGAAUAUGUGACUUCUUUGCUGCAAUCUUUUCAAUAUAAAGACUUCACCUACAUGCGAUCACGGAGCAAGCCGAGUUUGAUCAUUGACACCUCGAGUCCACCAACCAACCACGCUUUAAAUGAAAAUGAAUUAUUGGAAACUAUAGAGAGUUAUUUAGAAUGGUUUUCAGUCAGCACUUAUUGGACGAAAGCGAAUUAUUUACUGGGCUUAAUGCAGUUGUGUGAUACACAUAUUCUACAUAUCAUGGCGGUAAAGACAAGAGCCUUGUGUGAAAGAGAACAUAGGAGACAAAGAGCUCUUGAAGAUGGUUUAAUAGACCGAGGUUUGUUCAUUGUCCUUGUAUAUAAAACGAGCGGCUUCUCAGUGUAAAGUGCUGUAUUAUGUUAUCGUUAUUAAAAUAAUUUUUUAUGGAUAUGAAUUUUCAAACUUCACAAAAUGAGAGCCCAAAAACAGAUUUUUUUAAUUUUAAUUUGCUACUUGAAAUCCAUCUUGGAGAAGGAUUUUUGGUAAGUCAAUAGGUAGCUUAGCCUGUGCCACAGACAGAACUAAACUUCUGGUAAGUCCGUCUACAAAACAGUGCUGAAAUCCCUGUUCAGGACUCCCAGCAUUGUUAACCAGGAUUUGAGUAGCACAAUGAUUGGCCUGUGAAAAAUGCCAUUGUUAAUUUGCCAAUCAGUUUGAAGGGACAUUCGAAACGCAUUUUCGGUAAUUUGUUGAGUCCGCUGGGGCCCCAGAACAAGGCUAUCUGGGCUGCUUUGCAGAGGUUACUAACUGGGGCUAGAUUAUUUCUGCGACGCAGUAGCCUGCAAAAACAUCCGUUUCUCCUCGCUCUUCGCCGAAGGAACAUCCGUGACUCAGCGACAGAAAUUCCAUAUGGAUGACGUAAAAUAUGUCCAGAAUCCGGUCAGAAGCCCUGAUUGGUCAAUGGAGUAGUUACAUUGUUUUAGCUAUUGUUUACGAAUGACAGACAAAAGACAGAAGGCCACAAAGGUCAAAUGUAAACGCGACGAAUCUCUAACAAAACAGUCAAUAUUUGUGGAAUAUAGUCUUCUCUAGAACAAGCAUUUGAGUUUUGCUGGAGCUUGUUCACAGAUGAACAUAACACUUUACCAAAAUCAAUCAGGAGAAACCUAAAAUGGAAUAAAUUUACAUUUGGAACCCCAUGACUACCAGAUUUAUUAAGUAAACAUUGAUUUGCGUCAUCAGUAUGGAAUUUCUGUUGCUGAGUCACAGACGUUCCUCCGCACAAAAUGUCCCCAGUGGCGAAGAGCGAUGCAGGCUAUGUAAACAAUGUAGCUGGGCUUUUGGGUCAGGUGUAAUUUAGGUCAGAGUGCAGUCCUGUAGUCUUCUGAAAAUGAGGUUGUGCCAAUCCUAAAUUUUACUUAAAUACAUAUGUAUUUAAGACUCUUUUAAGCCUCAAUACCAGCUGUCCUACAAAAAUAUACCGUCUCUAGUUUCUGACAUAGUGCGCUAUUAUGAGGCCCUUUUAGUGGGGGGAGGGGGGGUAUGUAUAUCAGUUGUCUGAAUUUCAAAUACCGCUGUUUCACAAUUUGAGGAGUAGGCUAUGGCCCUGUCAGUAUUAAUUAACCCAUUUUUUUGUUGUUUCAUCCCGUUUCGUCUAGUCUUAUGUUGCUAUUUGAAAGCCAUAUUGCUUAGUGGAAUUUGACCUUAACAGGGCCCCUAUUAUUAAAUUUAGCAGUUUGUACUAAAAAUAGGUUUUGUCACAUUUGACCCCUGAGGUGACUCAGACAAACUUUGCAUUCUACUCAAAGGCUUUGUAUGAGCAACAUGCGUUUCCUAAAGGAAAAAUUGUUCAUGACAUUCACAAAGAGCAUUUUUGAAAUGUUUUUUGAGCUCUAUUCUAAUAUAUAAAAGGCAUUACUGUUAUAGGGAGCAGAACCUGGUCCAAGUAAUGGGAAAAAAUGGUUAAAAUUAGCGUUAAAUUCUCUCGGAUAGUGAUUUACAGAUACAAAUUUUGAAGAAUGGAUUGCACCUUAAACUGAAGCUACAUCAACUAGGAAGACCUGCAUUGUGACUCAGUCAAAAUUUCUGCUUUGUUCUCGACGCGAACUUCAUCAGUUGCCGCGUUAGCUUUGCUCUAGGAUGCUUUUACAAGAGCACUCUAGUUGUCUGUGCCGUGGCGAGAACGGUAAGCCGUUCUGUCUAGCUGAUCUAGACUUGAAUGCUUGUCACAUUUUACCACUUCAAAUCCAACUUUCUGGAGGUUUAGAGCUAAAACUUUAAAUCUUCAUUCACCCUCGCGGUCCUUCCUUUUAGACGGAUUAAGAAGACAAAUGUACAAAGCCUGCAUUGAUCGUUCGGAUUCAUUGAGAUUUCACCAUCAACGCCGUCCACGCGCUCCAAAAUACAAAAAAAAAAUUUAUAAUGAUUUCACAAACGAGUCCUCUAAAGUUCAUUUCCGCUUCACGGAAGGCCAGACAUUUUAUUGGUCAAUUAUGACAGUUGAUGACAGCAUCAAAUGUCAGUUCGCGAACUCAGGCGUGACAGACCAAGUGGGUGGUUUUCAAAAUCCCGGGGUUUGUCUGCAAGCGUUUCCUUCCUUUCUCCCCCCCUCACCGCUCUUUUACUUGAGCCACUUUUCUCGCGGUCUUUGACUCUCGUUCCUCGUUCUUUUCUCCUAAACCGCACAGAAACGCUUGCUACUCAGGCUAGGUUAAAAUCAGAAAAUAAAGCUGCCAGGUCAAAGAAGGCUACUAAAAAUUUAAGCAGAUCGAUCCAUAGCUCUGUCUCUUUUGUCUCUGUCAGAUGGUACUGAAACAUGACAUAACAUUUCUGACUGUGUGAGACUCCCAAAGCGAAAUUGCUAAAGCGAAAAUCAGUUUUGUAUGUGCUUCUUGCAAGCGCGUGGUAGAAUUUCUAUGCUAAAGAGCACACCAACAUUAGCACAAACCCGGAAGAAAAAAAAUCGUUCAUCCUUUGCGUCUACUGAUUUAACCAAAUGCAGCUUUUGAUGAACAGCUUUGAUGCCCGGCUUUCCAUACAUUUCUCAGUAAAAUGCUUUAACAUAUAAUAUUUUACCCACCCCAUUAGGAAUGAAAUCACUCAUCUGUAUAGUUUUUUUCAUGUUUAACAUUACCUUGGCACACAUCAAUUAUUUUCAGGAUACAUGUUAUUGAAACCAAGCUGGAUUUUGUUUCGUUUGAUGAUAAAAAUCUUCAAAGAUGACGUGAAUUUGCAGGUGAACAUGACUUUCCCAUAAAAACUCAUACGGAUCAGGUUUAUUGUCUGAUUCAUAGCAGGGACCAGAAAUUUGUGACUUUAUUAGCGCAAAGUGCUAUUGGCCAGUAGUGCAUUUUAUUGGGUAGCCUCCCAUGCAGACCUUUUAAGGCGUUCCUCAUGUAUCCCUCCCUAGCUUGAAGGGUUCUAGAAUUGUAAAACUGUGUGUCUUUUUCUUUUCUGCAGAUGAUGACGAGUACAUGUCUCUAUAUAGUCAUGUAUCUGGAAGUACAACUCAGUCAGCUGUAGAGGCAACUUCCAAGUCGCUACCAAGCCAUUCUGGGACUUCAGGCAUUCAUGAAACUGACACACCUGAUAUUCAUUCAAUAUUCAGUGAUGACCUUGAACUAAGUCAGUGUAAAUCUCCAGCAGUAUCAAGCGCUAAAACUCGGUCUCACAAGGGAACACUUUCUGCAGAUGUACAAUCUGAUGUAAGAUCUCAAGCUUCAGCAGGUUUUUUUGGCAGUCCUUUAUCUCGUUGUCAGUCAAGGUCCAUCCCACCUUCCAGACAGUCACUGAGAAAGAACCCGGAUAAGAUGACUGAUUUUGAAAGGGAAUUCUUUAGCGAAGACUACAUGUCUGGUGACGAGGGAGAUGAAGAGAAUGUCAUGAAUAAUUCUUUGACUCCAUCAGGACCAGAAAAUGAGCCAGAAUGUAGCUUUGGUUCAGAAAAGUACAAAGACUUUUUAAGAUGUCUGCCUGUUCAUCUGUCCAAGAGAAUUUUAGGGAUGUUAGACAAGAAUAGUUUAACAAACUGUUUAUGCCUGAGUAAACACUGGAGAGUUCUUGCCGAAGAAGUUAAACAGGACUAUAUGGUUCACCAAAUUAUGACUGAAGAAAUCAUGCUCAUGCAGGUUAGUUGUCGCAUUAAAGGAAUGUGUUUCUCUAUAAAAUGUACUCCUAUUUAUAUGGACAGUUUACAGGGUGCAAAGGAAAUCAUUUUUACAGCUUGCUAUUCGGGCAAGCUGAAGCUAGCAUUUACUAGCCCAGACGUCAUUUCAACUAGCCUCAAAAGCUUUUUGUCAAGCAGAAUUGAUUUCACACUUCUUCUGUUAUUCGAAUUCCUCAAAGAGCAUCACUUGCCCAUCGGGCAAGUUAAAAACAGAUUUCACUAGCCCGAUAGCAAAAUCCACUAGUCCCGGGCUAUCGGACACUUUUUUCUUUGCACGCUGGUUUAUUGGUUUGAACUCCCAUCCCCCACCCCUCUUUCAGUUUUGUUAUAUUCAUACUUUUGAGGAUUUUGGUCUUUUAAACCUCACUCUCUCACCUGUAGAAUCUCUCAUGACUCCAUAGAGUGGGUGGGUAUGGAUAUUUUCUGGGGUCACAAUAGAAUUACACAAAAUUUUCUUUGUCUUUGUUGUUGGUCAAAAUUAAUUUUAAACCCAGGUUGAUACUCAAUUUUUCUUUGUCUCCUAGCCCUAAUUCAUGAAUACUAUUAGGGUUAGGAGACAUAGGAAAUUUUAACCUGAAUUUAAUUUUGACCUGUAGUUUCACCUGUAGUUUCAAUAGCCCUUACAGAUAUCCUCUUGUCCUUUGCAGCCAAAACUAAGCUAAGAUAAGAGUAUUAAUUCCACAUCAAACAUAUCUUGAAUCAGAAUGAGUGUUUUUACUAGUAUAUUUGUUUGUUUUCCUUCUAGAAGAAGAACUCUGGGAGUGAUUUUAUCAGUGAACAUAAAUUGAAAUGAAAGUUACGUUGAGGAAAAGCAAUGAAUGUACCUCAAUCUUUUUUAAUAUAAAUGCAAGGCAGUUGCAUAUUGGCUUGAGCUACCAAAUUUGAUUCUGUCCAUGUAGUGUCAAUGAUUUUUGCUUUGUCAGAGACAUCCUUUUCUGUUUGUGUCCCAGUAAAAUAAUGCUGGUGAUUGCUGUGAGGAACUUACACAUCUCAAUAUGUAACCUGUACGCUAGUGACCACACCUUGUUUAGAUAAUAUAAAACAGUAUUUUUUUAAAAUUUAUUAUUGUUUAUUAAUAAGGGAGCAUCUGCCAAAGGUAUGAAUCCAAGAUAUGCUAAAUUUGUGCCUGUUCAUAUACCACUGGAUCAUGAUGAGGAUACAAAAGAACAUUUGAACCUUGGAGGUAAACAUCAUAAAGAGCCAAGCAAUAACCUUAAAGAAUGCUAUGAAGGAAUUGCCACUAAAAUAGUUCAACUGGAGGAAAGGAACAUUUACUGUGGGGCUUACAAUGUAUUGGUUCUUCAAGACAUGUGAGUAUAGACUGAGAUGUCACAUAAGAUUAAAACUAAUAAUAUUAUGGUAUAAAAUAGUAAAACUGUGAAAGGUUUUAACACAAGAGUCAGUUCAUAAGUAGGUUGAGUAUGAUCGCUCUGGUGAACGUAGUCCUUAAUAGGACUGUUGUUGACUUGAGUCAUUGUCAACAACAACAGUCCUAUUCAGGACUCAUUCACCCGGAUGAUCAUACUCAACCUUCGUGUAAAGUAGUGUAGUGUCAACUGACUGCUUCACCUAAAAUCUCUUAAAUGUUGCCGCAUGAAACCACACUGUGUGGAAUCAGUUGCAUUGAAAAAACCCUUGGCCAGGGUGCAAAGAAAGUCAGUGUUACAGCCUGCCAUUUGGGCAAGCUGUAGCUAGUAUGUACUAGCCCACAAGUCAUUUCAACUAGCCCCAAAACCCUUUUUGAUUAGCAGGAUUGAUUACAAUCCUUCUGUAAUUUGAAUUUCCCUGGAAAACAGCACUUGCCCGUUGGGCAAGUUAAGAACAAAAAUUGCUAGCCUGAUAGCAAAAUCCACUAGUUCCGGGCUAUCGGACACGACUUUCUUUGCACACUGCCUUGGGUUAUUGCACACCGUAACUGAAGUAAAGUAUCAUGACACCAUGUUGAGAAUGUGACAGCUGUUUGUUUUAAUUUGUUAAUCACAGUGUUUCUCUAUGCAGUAGCCUCAAUUUUGUCUACCCUCUGAAGAUGGGAUGAAUAAGAAUAGGCAAAUAUUCCAAAAAGAUGCUGUUAAGACAGAAUGUCUGCAACCACAUGAUUGUUUCAGAUGGUAUUAAUAAAAUUACCUAUCAGGUUUACCUGCUCAGCUGUGUGUGAAGCCUUAGUUUAUGUAUUGCAACUAUGAUUGCAGGGAGGACCCAAACCGAUGUACAAACUUUAAUGGAGGAAGACUGGUUGUGUCUGGAUCAUAUGACAGGCGAGUACGAUUAAUAGAUGCUUCGACUGGCAAGUGCGAGAGGACCAUUCAAGGCCAUGCAGGAUCUAUCCGCUGUGUUUAUGUCUCAGAAGAAAGGGGCAUUGUACUCAGUGGGGGAUAUGACACUUCAAUAAGGUGAUAAUUAAGUUCGAUUAUGUGAAAACAAUAGAGAGCUUUAGAUUCUGAGAUGAGGACAACUACGAGUACGAGAUUUUCUCAAUACUAAGUAGAGCACGUGUGCAAACCAAUGUCAGUUUGGCAGGAAAACGCGAUAGCCAUUGUCAAAUGUAAGAAGUGCUAUCAUUUUGCUAUUGGGAGAGGGCUCAACUAGUCUGCUUGUGUAGCUGUUUUUAGUGUUGUCACACAACGCUACUCCCCACUUACACAACACUAAAACGGCUGUGUAGCAGACUAGGGCUCAACCUCCUUCAGUAUAAAUAACUGCACUAACUUUUUUGGUGAAAAAAAUAAAUUGAAGCUUUCUGGGGUGUCUUUUUUUUUGAGAAUGUGUGCAAAAACUUUAAGUUAAAUCUUGUACUCGCACUCAUUCUCGUCCUCCAAUCUAAAGCUCUUUAAUAUCACAAUUCAACUCAGUGAUGGUAAAGAAAAUGGUGAAUGCUUUGUUUAUAGUGGAAGUGUUUUUAGCUCUUCUAGCUGCUGCCACUAUGUAAGCUCAGAUAAUUUGAAACAAGUAAUGUACGAAGAAAAUAAUUACGAGGAUUAAGAACCCCAACUGGCAGGGGCUCACUGUGAUGUUGGAAUAAUCACACGGAGUGUUUAAUUUUCUUUUCCAUCAUUCCCCCUUUGCCUUCAUACUUAAGCAAAUUCAAGUGUCUUUGAGCAACUUAUUCAUGAAAAAAUUGUUUCAGACAUCUCACUCAAAGCAAUGUUAGCUUAGCAGAGGGGUCAGUGGGCAGUUUCCCAGAACCCUAAAUUGAUCCAAUGUUUCUAGCUAUCUUUACUGAGGACAUUCUGCUUUUUCACUAGGUGCUGGGAUAUAGGAAGAGGCAAUUGUAAAUGCAUAUUUAGAGGGUAUGUCAGAUUUCACCUGUUUAUAAGUUGUUUUUCAGUUUGUAGUUUACUGUUCAUGUCAUCUUGAUGAUAUUGGCCUAAAUUGUUAAUAAUAAUUAACUGUUAAUAAUAAUUAUUAUUUUAAUAUGUCACUAAUUAUUAGUGACAUAUUAAAAAUUGCACCAAUUUGACCAUUAAAUCUCUAUUGAAUUUUUUAUAUAUUUUUCCCAAGAUGAACGGGCCAAAUUUUGGAGAGUCAGUGCGAUAAAUAUCGUGGGUGGAAGUCUUGAGUUUCACUAAUAUCUCAAGUUUUAAAAGUUUCUGUUUCGUAUUUUUAGACACCGAGCCACAGUGCUUUGCAUUGCAUUGCAUGGAAACCACUUAGCAUCUGGAGCUAGGGACAAGAGUGUUAAAGGUAAGAUUCGAAUUUAGUUGUUUUUCAGUAAGAAAAUAGAAGAUAACCAGACUGUAAAUCUUUGUUAUUCAACUCCCUGGUUGUUCUUCUUAACUAGUAUUUCUUUAAGCCGGUAGUGGAGCUUUAAGUUAAGAACGAUAAGAUGGCGACUCUUCGUUGUCGGCUACCAGUUGUUUGCAGUUGUAUCCAACCUUUUAUCUUGUCUCUUUUCUCGCUCCAUUUCUUAUCAGAAUUUAUCUUUCUAGGGACCCAUAUUAAAUAGGGAAAAGGACUUUACCGAAAGUCUAUAUCAUCCAAUGAAGAUAUUUAUAAAUCUGUAAAUUGUAACGUGUAGAGCUGCACAUUUUUUUCCUGUUUUGCUAGGUGUUUUGUCAACCACACCCAACUCAUGAGUCACAACUCUGAGGGUGUUUUGACAUCAACGCAAUUUAUUUAUUUAUUUUUUUGGGAGGACUUUGUCGUCCCCUUCACUUAGACUUUCGAAAAUGUCUUUUUUCAGUGUGGAACUUUGCUACUGGCAAGUGCAGGCGGACGUUUCGUCAUCGACACGUGGUACAAACAGUUGAUGUAAGCUAUUGAACUAUAAUUUUUUCAGUUUAAAAGGAUACUUUUUGUUUUAACUACAAUCACAGUGGAUUUUUUUUAUAUUUACUUUCGUCCAUAAAAUAACAUUCGGGGAAACACCUCCAACACACUGGUUCAAGUACUUUUCUUUGCUUUUUCAGGUCUCUGAUACGCUUGUUGUCAGUGGAUGUGAAGGUGGAAAAGUGAAAGUUUGGGAUAUCGAACGGGCAUGUCUGCUCAAAGUACGGACUUUUUUAAAAAAACAUUCUCCGGUUCCUCGUCCUUCAUUCAUCUGGGGCUUCAUGCGAGUAGAUCCCCUUCUCUUUCUCCUUUUAAGCGCCUGUCACGCAGGCACCCAGGUUAACGGAACACGCAGCCACGCAGGGUAACGGAUGCCCACAGUUGGUCCGAGGGACUAUCUUUAGGUAGCCUGCGCGCGAGGACGCUGAGCCCGUGCGCGUCCUCCCUCGCGCAUCCUUUCCCUUUCCUUUUUCGCAUUGCAGACUGAGCACCGAACAUGUGAAUAAACUGGGAAACAGUGUUGCGGACGUAAACUUUGCGACGUGGAAGAAAAAAUGUUUUGCCCUGAUUCAAAAUAGUUUUUGAACGUCCGGGGUGAAAAGUUGCCUUUUUUCCCUGUCUUUCUUUGCUAAACUGCAAUGUUUCCCUUGUGCAUUCAGCUUUGAAAGAGUUCUUUUAGUCUAGAUGCCCGUCAGUGUCUUGCUCAUCACAUCAGUAUUGUACUUGCUGUCAUUGGCGAGAUGUAUUAGUUUCCUCUUGAUUUUGUUUUAUUAUCACACUCUCGUACCCAAAUCUCUUGUUAACGAAACCGAGAGAUCUGGGAACGAGAUUAUUACUAUCAAAACCACUGAACGUGCUGUUCACUACUAUGCAAUUGUCUGUUGUUUUCAGUCCCUUGACGGUCAUCAUGGUGCAAUCACGUGUGUGAAGUUUGACGACUAUCACAUCAUAACUGGCAGUCUAGACUGUUACGCUAUGGCGUGGAGUUCCAUUGGAAAUCACAAGAAAUGCCUACAGGCAUUUAGACACCCUAAGUAUGUCAUACGGACGUUUUCUGUUCUUACAAGCAUACUAUGAUGAGACCCAAAUGUAAAAAUACGAAACAUCCCUUUUAAUACUUUGCGAUCUAACUUGGAUAAAAACGCGCUUAACUAUAUUAGAGGGAGGUAGAGAACGUUUUAUGUGAGUCCUGCCUAUUAUGCGAUUUAGGCAAAUUCAGCCAUGCGGAACUAGCCUCUAAAAAAUGGUCAGUUGAAAGAAUAAUCCACUCUGACUGUAAAGCUACUGUAAGGUGGGUGUGGACGAUUUGAAGAAGACCGGAAAGCGGGAUGCAGUUGGUGUUUUUGAACACAGCUAACUCUUUCUGUUUCUAAAGUUUAACACCGAACUUGGUUGUUUUCUACCUUGAAUUUAGCAGUAAUUUCUCUGCUCGUGUUAAAGUUCAUGGCUAAUAACCGGGCCCAACGAGACAAACUCACACUCCCUCCAUGGAUCCAUUUACAAAGCAAGCCGCAAGUUGCCUCUUUGCCCUUUUUGAAACUAGUCUCAUUAUUGAACUUUUGGAGCAGACUCACACCGUCUUAAUCUUUUUCUAUCACACUGACUACUUCACAUUCCCCGUGAAUAGCAAUGAAUCGCACCUGUAGUGACCUUAAGUACAUCCUUUUUAUAAGUGAAGGCUUCGACCGCAUGUUUUCCUCGCUUUGGUCUGACGUUGUCAUACUGUGUUUUCUGUCGAAAACAAGUACACCCUUGCCUUCGAGCAAACUAUCUGGGAGGGGGGGAAGGGAGAGACGGGGGAGGUUUUCUUCUCCUCUUUCCCCGCUCUGCUCCAGAGAACUUGCGUGCAGGCUACUUACUCGUUUGCUCUGUUUACCAUUUCAGGGAAGUUCUCUGUGUGGAGUUUCUUUAUUGUCGAAUAGUCACAGGCUCUGCAGACGGAAAGGUUGGAAUUUUAUCAAUGGUUUUUCACUGUUUGUUUGUUUUCACCGUGCACAGAGGCGGUUCAAACUUCCUCGUUAGAAAACAGGAAGCAUCAAAGCGCCUCCUUCCGCAGAAUAGAUUGUUUUCUGUAACCGUAAUUUCAAGGGUUCACUUAUGCAUUGUGAGAUUUUUUUGUGAUUUUCUUCCUCCGCCGUUUUCAGCUGCGUAUCUGGAACCUCUUGAAUGGAGACUGUCUUCGGAUUAUCCGUGGAAACAGCAAAAAUGAUGCCAUCACCACAACCAGAGCGUCUGGUGACAGGUGAGUUAACAAAUGAUCAACUGCCUAUUUCCUAGUCGGUAAGGAAUAAAUUAAACGGCCGUAUCUGAGAGUCUAAGUCUUCGUUCACGCCACCGAACGAAUUUUCGACCUGUUGAAAAAUUGUCCGUUUUGGUGUUUCGUUCACACGGAACCACCUUAGCCGCACGAAAAUUUCAGUAGACGCGUAAACAAAGCGAAAAUAGUGAACAGUGAACGGUCUGAUGUGAACGACUUCCUCUCAAAUUUUUCAUCCAGUCAAAUAUUCGUCCGGUGCCGUGUAAACGUAGCCUAUAACGUCACCAAAGCAAAGGUUAUUAAUCUGACCAGUCACAUCUGAAGCACGAAAUAAUGUGAACCAAUCAGAAGCAAUAAUACGUAGCCUGCGCACCGAACGGGCGGGAAAAGCGUGCGAGGAAGCUACAUUUGGUUUUGCUUUUGUUUGUGAUUGGCACGAGAUUUUCAAAAUAUCACUCGUGACACGCCGUUGAAAAUUUCUUCAUAGAGUCAUUAUUAAUAUACCGGUUUACCACCAAAAGGGGAAUGUUGCCCAAUGCAAAAAAACUGUCGAGGUUUUUCAGUUCCUUCUAUUUGUUUCUUUAAGGAUUUCCGAGUAGUAUUUGUUGUUACUUCCAUAAACGAGAAAACGGCCACACCGCUGAUUAAAUAUUGCACGUUUCACAGAAGAUGAAAUGAGAACAAAAACGUGAUUCACUAUAAAUCACUUUUUACGAAAAAACGUUUAAAAAAAACAAAAUCAUGUCAUAGACACUUCCUAUUUCACUUCACAUUCAAAAUCAAUUCAAUUUACAGUUAUGUUAUAAUCGAUCUCGUUAAUUUGGUUUUGCUGGUAUUUUUUCCAGGAUGAUUGUCAACACACUGAGCAACCUUUUAAUUUUCAACUUCGAGGCUGUGGAGUGGGAUUUUGAUUUAGAUCCUGAACGGCCGGAAGGACUUGGAAAUCUCAAUAUCUAUGCAAAGACCCCUCCUCGAAGACUAGCACGUUCUUAUGUACGAGCGCAUAAGCUCAUGCGCGCUGACACUAAAGACAGUUUACCUUCCAGACCUCCGUCACAGAUGAAAACGCCAACAUUUGACCUCAACGUUAAUUUACCGCAAAGGAUUUCAAGCGCACCUCCACGAAUAAAGCACCACGAAAGCACGUUAAACAGUAUGAAUGCACACGUACGUAGACUUUUAAGCGCACACAAGGAGAAAGAACAAAAACCACGUCCCCAUUCCUCGCCGAUCGCUACUUCUCGUCACUCUCGUGGGCUUACCGAGUAUGACGUCACACCAUCGGAGGUUGGUGACGAUCUCACAGCGAGCAUGAUAAUUACAAAAGUUGCGCGUUCGCAUCUUAAGCCUCCAUCCAUCCCGGAUAAUAGGCGCUCUCGGGUUAUAACGCGAAGCCGCUCAGCUCCAGCGUAUCGCACGCAGGUCCUGCCCCCGGGCAAGCGUGGUUGGACAACGUCUGUGGCAGAGCCGCUAAAGUCACCGGAAAACAAGAUCAUGGUCUCUGCUGAGCAAGCGCGGGAAAAAAUAGCCAAAAUGCGACCGCAAAGUGCGCAAGUACAUUCGAGGAAAGAAUCUAUUUCGAUUAAUCCAGUUAAGAGCCUCGGUUGCUUGCAUUUAAGGACCUACACGAGUCAACUGCAGAUUGAACAGAGACUUACGCAGGAAAAUUUACGUGACAGAGAAGCUCGUGUGACAAAGGCCAGUACUCACCGUCCAAAAUCGUGCAUUCCAUGUGUACGGUAGUGAAGUGUCACUCAUUCGUUGACCAUGUCAAUCCUAUGUCCAGUAGUGGAAGGCCUGUUAAUCUGGGUCAGUAGACCAUUUCAGAGUUCCAAAAACUCUCACUUUCAAAACGAGGCUAAGUGCAAAACCUAUCUUGUGCAAAUGAGUUUUGUUUGUAUGAAAAUAUACAAUCACUUUCAUAUCAAUGGCUUAGCACUUAGCCUCGCUUUGAAACAGAGGCUUGGGACAACUCGGAAAUGGUUUCUUGCCAUCACCAUCAAAAAUGAUGUAUAAUUGCAACUGGUAGUAAAAGUUGACCUUGCAGUUGUCACCACCAUCUGCCUUGCCAUGACCAUGGGUAUGGCAAGACCUGCUCAAGAGACAUUGACCCUGUUCUUUAGACAUUUAAACACCGUCCUUGUAGUAUUUCUAACGGGCCACCGAGGCCAUAUAGUCUAGCAAACACGAGCUCUACUUAGCUCCCCGCUACAGUACGAAACACACUGGCUCUUGUCAAGUCACUUGAGCCCAGACGUCCCCCGCGAGGGAAGUCCUGGAUGUAGACUACUGUUCUCUUGUCGAAUGCCAAGUAUUUGAACACAUAACAGGGGCGGAUCAGGGGGAGUUUGAUUGGGUGGCUAGUCCCCCCUUUUUAAGCCAACUAAGAUCUUUUUUUAUAGAAUUUAAUUUGUACUUUACUUCCACAGGACAAACAGUUAUUACAUUUAACGCUCUGUUUUGCGGCCGAUUAGUAUCAGCCACCCCCUCUUACAAAAGCCUGGAUUCCCCCCCCCCCCCCGUUCAAAGGACUAUUCUUCAAUACCACUUUCGUAGACCUUUAAGUCAGAAAUAUUUGAAAUACUGAAAAUUCUAAACUGAAAGCGUUUAGAAUUUUUAAAAGCGCCGCGCGUUAUUAACAAAACCUAUCCAAAGAUGUCUGCAUGAAUGUUUUUGACAAUCGUCCA